UAGAUUGUUAAUAUUGUUGUUAUUAUUAUUGCUAUUACAAGAACUGAGACAACAGCUGAGACACAUGGCGCUUCUGAGGUCAGGCUGGCUGUGGAGGCAGACUUCUGUCCUAAAACGCUGGAAGUUAAACUGGUGUGACCUCUGGAUAGAUGGGAGUCUUUGCUUCUAUAAGACCGACAGCAGGCGAGACCUGGAGUAUCGCAUCAGCCUCAAGACAGCGUGCAUAGAUGUCAGAUCUGGACUUGAAUGUGAAGGUGUGACUCCACCAGAGAGUAAUCCCAGGGAGAAUCUCAUUAUGGUUCAGCUUACAAGCGGCUCGUCAGUCAACCUGUGUGCCAACAGUGAGGAUGAAUCCAUAGCAUGGAAACUGACUCUGCUUGACACCAGGAGAAACCCGGUGUUCACAUACGACCCAUAUGAUGACUCCUACCAAGCUGUCCCUAUCAACAGACACCAUACUGUCUACAUCACACCUGGAGCAGGACCAGGAACCCACCAGGUGGUGGUUCAACGGGACCCGUUUGAAGGAGUGGCGGAGCAUCUAGCACUAGGAUUACUGGCAGGCAUGGCAGCAGGAACAGCCAUGCGAUCCUUCCUUUGGAUGCCCAUCUUUUUCUGCUGAUGAGCUCCAUUACUGGCAUGACACGGCAUGUUUGUCACCACGGACUGGCAGAGCAUGUGUAGACAGCCCCCC